AUGUGCCAGUUCAGAGAAAAUCAGCAGUUCGAUCCUCACUCGAUCGUGGCAUUUUUGGCGCAUUUUCGCCUCUUUCAGGGGCUGGUUGUGUGCGGUGAGUGCCACUGAGGGAUAACUUGGGGAUGACAGGUGUGAACAAGGGGGGAAAUUCAGUGCGAGCUAAAAGUGAGCUCGCAGGGAGGAGGCGGCGCUGCCCUCUGCUCUGUGUGCUCGUCGCUCUUCAUCGGAGGUGUCAGGUGAGAUUGAAUGACAGGUGAGGACAGUCAACAAGCCAUUGCGUUUGUUUGUUCCCAUGUUCCUCCUGCAGGACAGUGCUUCUGGACAGCACAGGAUGUCUUCUUUUUGUGGCGAUGGCAGUGCUCAGGUGAGGUGAGGCAGGAAGCCUCUCUGCUGCCGGACAUGUCAUCUCUUCUGCCUCUCCUGUCCACCAGAGACCCGCAAUGCGCCUCGACGAAGUCCAUCUCCGGCCAUCGCAGGUACUGAUCAGUCACGCUAUGCACACUGGUGAUCUGCGUCUUUCAGAACAACGAUGAUGAGUACAGAGCGGCGAAGACGGAUCCCUCAAAGGUCGACGACACAUCGCCGCCAGCUGGGAGCUCGUAAGCAUCGACGCUCGGUCUCACGUGUGUGUGUGCGCGUACCUGCGUGUGUGUUUGUAGCUCAUCGAGCGAUGCAGUGAGCGCACGGCUGCCAUCUGACGCCCGUGUCGGCAUCCCGCCAGCGACGGAGAAGGACAGCCCGUUGGUGAAUCCUGGAGAGAUGCAGACCAUCAGAUAUCAGGUAUGAGAUACCCUUACCCACACGCGCAUUUGACGAACAUGUGCAUGUGUGUGGUGCUGUGUGUGGUGUGCGCAGUACGACCCGCGGAUUGAGGGCACCUUGUUCCAUCUGCACGAGAGGGGCAACAAACCACCUCGCAACGACGGACCGGUGGGCUACCGACACACACACAGGGGAACAUCGAUGUUGUGCCUCACACCCAUGCGGCUGCGUGCGUCUGUGUGUGCGUGGAUUGGUUGUCAGGCUGCGUCUCGCCUGUCGCCUCUGGAUCUGGGCAACAUCAUCAGCUUCUCGCAGCCGUGGGACCUUUCCCAGCUGUGCCUCAGCACAGACAUCGCCAGCCAGGCGCCCAUACACCAAUGCGCAUACCUCGCCAUCGACUGGAGGGACGCGUCCACGCGAGCUGUGUUCCAGCGGAUACCCAUCCCUGUGGCCCGCCGGCUGGGGCGGCGGCUGAUAAACCUCGAGACGCUGGUGGUGCGCUACCCCAUUGGCAGCCCCCUCUGGUGCUUCGACGUGUGGGUCGGUAUCGUUGAGGGCCACUUGGAGGGGCACGACGCACUAGCGAGAAAGGAUAAUGGCGGCCUGCGACCACCGGUAUGUAUGUAUCAUGCGUGCACUCACAGGCAGAGGAGUCAGCAGCACGGCCACUGACAGCACCACGUCACUGUCUGUCUGUCUGCUGGUGCAUCCAUCUAUCCAUGCAGGUGACGCAGGUGGCCAUGUCUGUCCGGAGGUUCUUUGUGCAGACCGCCCUGGCCGCCAUCCGCCGCAUCCGGCGCCUCGCCAUGUGCCCACACCAGCACAACCAGACCGACGACGACUCCACCCGCACCACUCACGCCCCACACACUGCCACCAGCACAUCUCAGGCGUCCCUACCCAUCACCACCGCCACAUCAGAUGGAUGGGCCCUGGUGGGAGAGGGACAGGCCAGCGGCAGCGCCACAGCCACAGCCAAUCGGCACCCGUCAACUGACGGUCGGGCUGUCAAGUCAUCCCUCCACACCAUCGUCUUCGAGGCGGUCGGGCAGCCGAGUCCUGCAGCAUCGCAGUCUCGUCCCCCAGCUACCAUCACCACAGCCACAUCAGAUGGAUGGGUGCUGGUGGGAAGGGGACAGGACAGCCCAAUACCCUACGAACACGUCGCCUCCGACGUCCCUCUUCCGGCCCACAGUCGCCCAUCCCGCUUCUCUUCCCAGCGGCCCCUCCGCGUCACCAUCCCCGCACUCACCACCAUCACCGGCCUCCGCAGUGAGCACGCUGGCAUCAUGACCAUGAGGAAGUGGCGCACACCCGCACUCGAGCGGGUGACGGGCGACUUCAGCGGCGUGCGUGACACAUACGAAGUGUCCUUUAUCGGCACGGCUGGUCGGCUCAAGCACUUCGAUGUCUUAGCGGAUCCAGCGGUGAUUGAGGACGUGCUUUUCCGGGUGUCGCUGGAAAGACGGUCGGGGCGGCUUGCUGCACUCGAGACCAUCGGCACAUUCACCGUCAGCUACAGCGAUACUUUUGAUGGCCCCAAUCGAGACACCUGUCGAUUAGCGGUGAGGAUUAAAUCACCAUCACCCUGCCCGAGGAUUUGUCGGACAUCUCGUCACCCCUCCUCACCGACAGACUACGCCGCAUCGCCAGCCGGGCCAAGGAAGUCAAGUGGAGUUACGACCUCCCCCUGUACGACUCCUCGGACUUCACAUUCGACCUCAACUUCACCCAAGCCGAGAGGGUGGUGGCGUUGCAGAGGACUGAGGUGAGAGUCCGUGCCCUUCCAGAAGUAUCCCCUGCCGCUGGUCUGGAUACCCUCCCGCCUGAUGCAUUCCCAGCAGCGACAGAGCUGAUUCUGAAGGGUGAAAGGGUGUGGGAGAUCGGUGUUGUGUUGGUGGAGAGGAUGCCGAGAAUCACGACGCUGACGAUCGAGGACACCGGCUUUAAACUCAUUUCGCUGCUGCGAGCCAUCGGCCCCGGCAAGCGGCUGCAGGUGUGCGUCAAGGGAAACUUGCUGGACUGUUUAGACGAGGACGCGAGGCACGAUGACGACCAGCUGCCAGAGGUCAACUCACUCAAAAUCCGUCUGAAAGGUACGUAAGAAAGGAGAGAGGGGUUAACCAGAUGAAGUCUUUGAUACGCUGCCCAUUUUACGGGUGUGCAUUGCAUGCAGAACGGUUCUGUCUGGGAAGAGAGGACGAAUAUCGCGAUGCCACUCAUCUUUUCGAUGUCGGUGGUCGAGUGGUGACGACCAUCAAGCCACUGCUCCAGCUGCGGGGCCUGCAGAAGCUGGAGCUGUUGGUGCCCCUUCAAGCUGGAGCGGUAUCCGAGAUGGAGCAGGAGGCGACCCUGGCAGACUGCCGUAGGGACUUCCCCCCUGCACCUGGCAAGAACGCCGUGACCUUUACCACCGACACCCACAUCGAUGACCCUGCUGCUUGCAGCCGUUGGCGUGAGUGUGACUAUUUCAGGCUCGUUGCCCGCCAGUAUGGGCCCUAGCAGGUCAGGCAAACAGUCCAAAUCGCUUUCAACCGUGUGACGUGUGUUGAUCUCUUCCUGUGCAUGCGUCAUAGGCCUAUCGAAGCACAUGGACGUCCACACACAGCGAUGAGGAGGUCUGGUCUUGUGGGUCUGCCGUCUGCUCGUGCUCUCUGGCUGGAUGGCUUACUUACUAAAUAGCCAACUAGGUGUCCAUGUGUGCGUCGGUGUCAUUCGUUGUUGGAUGGGCAUGCCUCUGGCCGGUCCUUUGCUGACAUGUCGGCUGUGUUCCCUCACUAUCGUGUCGUCGGUCACGUCAGAUGACACGCAGGACGGGACGCAUCGGCCGACGGCCAGACAGGCCACCAGCAAGGGACCGAUCGCAGGCAGACGCAUGUAUUGAGGUGACUAGACAGAGAGACCAGUCUACAUGCGAUCCUUGCUUAUGUACAUACAUGCAUACAUACAUACACACAUACAUACAUACACGUACGUAUACAUAUAUGUCUGUCUGCCCGUCUGCCUGCCUGCCUGCCUGUUUGUGUCGUCUCCGCAAGGGCCGCGGACAGAGAGGGUAGCCGACGUCGGUUUUCCUUCUGGGCAUCCCAGACCCGCAACGUGUAUGUCUUCCCUCCUGCUGCCUCUCCGACGACAGAACGACAUGUCCACACGUUAUUUAAGUCAUCCACCGAUGGCCAUCCAUCCCUCCCUCCCUCGCCCCCCUCUGUGCAGCCAGCAGCUCUAACAUCCUCUUUUCCCUUGUUUCCUUUCCUUUAUCGUGGGUAGGUGGAUGGAUGGAUGGAUGCGUGUGGUGGUGCGGCCUCUUGUUUUUCGCCGUGUCGUCGAUGUGAUGUGUGCAGAUGAGUGGUGGGGCGUGUAUGGCGUUCGUGCUUGUCCUUGCAUACAAACCAACGGAUAUUCUUCCCAUGAGACCGUGUCGCACUGUGGAUGGACGUGUGUAUGCAGCCUGCUCUGUGCCUUGAUCAUCGUUAUGUGUGCGAUGCUCCCGCCUCCAUUUGUCCCUUCCGCCGUCAGUCACCGAGGUAUGAGCUGAAAG